UCUCCAGAGAUUACAACUCUUCACUGGAAAUUAUGAGCGCCGUAAAAUGUAUGUGCUAUUGAUCACCGUACUUACGUUCGGUCUGGUAAGCUCCACCUUGGUGGAAAACGAACAGCUGCAACACCAACCCAACAAGACGUCUAUGAAGGAAGAACACUUGAACAUACCAAACAAUAACCUGAAGGUCAACAGACAUAUUCGAAAAGAACGGUCGACGAAACAUGCUAAGAUAUCUAAAUCGUUAUGGGGAAGUAUUUUAUAUCGAAAUAAAUUUAUCUUCGACAGAGAAUUCAACUACCCGGACGUUCUUUCGGGAAAGCUGAAACCGAACGGGCACAACUGGUUUACCAUCCUUCCAACUCCUGUGCUGACGCAUACAGUGUCUCUCCGCACGAUAGUUGGUUUGUAUAUAACUACUUUGGGACACAAAAGAAUCAAUGAGGUUAUGUCUGAAGCUGUAAGGUUCCGUAAGGACAGUGAAACGUUUACUAAAUCCCAUUGGGCUGAAUCUCACCUCCUGUAUUAUAUUACGUUCUUGAAAGAAGGGAUUUGUACGUUUGGUAUAGUCAGCUUAAACAACGAUAUUUAUGAAAAUGACUCGUCUUAUACUCAUUUUCUUCUGGUUACCAAUGAUUACCUCUUGACUUCUGCAUAUCUCUACAAGCACGCUGUGUCCAAGUACAAACAGAUCUAUAGCAAAAUAUCCUUCCCCAGUGUGCUGAACAUCAUGAAACGGUGUCUUAGCAACCUGCCCUCUGCCAGACAAUGCAAGAAUAACAAAAGUGACAUUCUCACCAAAUAUAAAUGUUUACCAUAUUGCAAACGGGACAAUUCAUGUCAUAAAAAAACUGAAUCCUUUCCAAAACUAAUGACCCAUGUUUUGUAUUUCUUUAUUUCAGAAUUCUCUGCCUAUCAGAUGGAAUAGAUGUUUUCAACAGCCAACGAUUUCGUCUCUUCAAACAGUAGACAGAGAUAAAAGGCUGGGUUGGGUGGGUGUGAUAUUACGAAUCGAAAUUAUCUAAAUUUAUAAACUUCAGUUCUUACCAAUUCUAGACAUACCAUCUCAUUCUUUUUUUGCCAAGAUCAAAGAAUAAUAUAAAUUUAUAUUCCUAUAUUUGUUCAUUAUUUUCAAAAGUAACCAGAAAAAAAAAUUUGAAGACUAAUAACGGUUUCUAAUUUAGACACAAAGCCAGAAAUUUUAAAGUGAAGAAAGUUAAUCGAUUACAUUGAUCAGUACUAGACUGGUACUUUAUUUUAUGAGCUCCCAGGGAGUAAAAGGAAACGCUGACCACGGUAGGAUUUGAACACAGAACAUAAUGAGCCAAUUAAAUAUCUCAAGGAAAUUUUUCUGAUGAUGCUCUGACGAUUCUGUCAGCUUUCAGCCUUCAUGAAAGUUAAUAACUACAACAGCGAAAUUUCAAAUGUCGAUGUGUUGACCUGAACGUAUAUAGAAUAGUUAGUUCGAACAGAGGUGAGAUGAUCUAGUUGUGAUUUUAUCUAAAGUAACUUGAAUUAAGCAUAAAUCGAAUUUUGUUGAGUAUAAACUCCCAAGUACCACGGUAAGAUAUUUAAAACCCGUUUGUAUCCUCAUACAUCUGCAAGUUUGUUACGAUUUCUCAAUUAAAAUUUCACCCAGAUCAUUCGACUAUUGAUUUCUAAUCACCAAAGGGAAUGAUAAAUUUAACAGCAGUAUUAUGCUGAGGUACGUCUGUUCAAGUUCUUAAAUAAUUCAUAAAAUCUAUUCUAACUCUGGUAACAAAACAGUACAGACGUAAGGUUUAUUACGUAAGAAAAAAAAACAGUGAACAACUUUAGUUUUAACAUGGUGUGGAUUCAAUAAUUUUCUAAUGGAACUCUUUGGAGGACUACUUUAUUCGUAGUUUCCACCUUUCUCUUCUUGGACUAUACUGAUUAAGGCCUAUUUAUACUCCGCUUACAAGUUAUAUGAUCUUAAUAUGAGUAUUUAGUGUAAUGCAAAUAAAAUGAUAACAAUAACGACCUCGAAAACUGUGACAACAACGAAAACGAUGACUAAACGACGAUGGGGAAGACGAUGAUUACCACGAUGACGUUGAUAACCAGGAUAACGAUCUUCCAUCUUUUGUUUUCUUUUAUCUUUUACUUGUUUCAGUCAUUAGACUGCGGUCAUGCUGGGGCACCGCCUUAAAGGGUUUUACUCGAAUGAAUCGCCCCAAUGACUUAAUAUUUUUUUUAAACCUGGUACUUAUUCUAUCGUCUCUUUCUUGCCGGACCGCUAAGUUACGGGACUAACACAACACACACGCACACACACA